AUGAAGAUAGAAUUAAAAGAAAAAUUGAGACUUCUGAAUAAUGCAACCUUUGUCAAAAACGCGAUAGAGAAAGAAAACGUAUUAAAAGGUCGAAUGAAAAUGCUGAACAAUGAAAAAUCUGUUUAA